AAAAAAAAAAAAAAGAAAAAAAUUAAUCUCCUUAAAAACAGAAACGUCACAACUACAUGUAUAUAUAUUUAGGGUUGAGCUAAAAUGUGAUUUCUCGACGCGAUUUGCGUAAGAAGUACGAACUUUACCUUUUCAAUACAAUGUAAUAUCGGGUGAAGGUCAACUUUUACUAUUAUUUAAACAAGUUAUGAUGGAUGCAACUUGUUUUUGGAAAAUCCCGCUCAUUACACUUUCUUUACCAUAAAGCUGAAAAAAAAAUAUGUAAGGUUAAAACUUUUCCGAGAUGCUUUAUGGAUUUGGCCACACAUGGGCAGUUUAACAAACCAUUUUAGCCGGAGAAUUACACUCAGAUCAUUCGUAAAAAACUGCAAACUAUCGUACAAUUACUCUGUAUAUAAAAAAAGCAACAGUUAAAUUUGCAUAGUUACGAUAGGUUUGGUUCUACCAAUGAAAAACUCACAAAACGUAGGGUCUCAGAAUGCGACAGCAUUAAAGCUGUUCAAUAUAGAUACAAGUACAGUUCACUUCCGGUGUGGUCACGUGACCAUAGUAAAGUAAGCAAUGUUGGAGUAAAUCGUCUGCAGUACACUGUGAUAUUGAUAAAUUUACAAAAAAAUCUUAAUGAAGAAAUUUGUGAGAUUUGAAGAAACAACAUCCAUUUAAAGUUUUAUUUUGCUGUUUCCAGACUUAUUUGUAAAUUAUGAUUAGCGAGCUCAAAUGAUUCUUCUGUUGUUAUGUAUCAGAAAUGCCGAGCACUAGCAAACUGACUGAAAGGACAUUCUGUAUACAAUAAUAUAUCAAAUCAACCUAAAUAAACUGCAGUUUUGCAAGAUAUGUCUAACCUUUGAAGUUUAAUCUUGAAGUAUCUAAAUGCUUAAUCUGAAAGUGUACAGCAUUGGUAAAUAUCCAAACGAACCUUAACAAGUUUUUACUUGGUCUUUUUUCACGGAACAGUGUGAAUCGUUCUAUAUAUUGAGUGCAGUUAAAUGGUAAUUUUGUUCCCAUUCAAAAGAUUUCUUUUUCGCGUCGAGUUUUGGUUCACCAACUAAUGUCAAAUACACUCGAUGACUGCUUCCUGGAAACUAACCAGUACUCGCACCGAAAGAAGGGACUGUUGGAGUCACGGUCAAAAUCCGCUGACAGGAUUCGAACCCGCGACCUCCGGAUUACGAGACAUCUGUACAAAAAUGAAAAAAAGGUAAAAUUUGUAUCACGAUUCUACUCUAUAUAGUUUUGAACUAAUUUGAAUAUAACUGAAGUAAGUUAGAUUAUUCAGAGAUUACUUGCAAACUUGAAAAAAAUAAAAAUAAAAAAGAUGUUAAAACAUUAUAGCAACCUGCCGAAUAUGAAAUCGAAUAUCGAAAGUGCAACAUUCUCGCAUACCAGAGUUCUACCGUGGUUCCCCGGAUGAACUUUUUGACGAACAUCUGAUGGAUGAGAAUGAAGUGCAAAGACUAUGCCACAAACUGCAAUGUACCACAAUAAAUUCAAUGUGUGACUUUCAUCGUACGUCAAUUCAGUUGACUAAGUUCAAGAGAUACUCAAAAUACUGCGUGAACAAACCUAUCUCAGUAUUUGUUUCUAUAUAUUUAUACAGGAAUAUUUAAAAAAUAUGGGGUACCGUGUGUAAAACUUUUCAAUAUUCAACACUGCAUUCUCCGUGCGUAAUCGGGAUUCCGACCUAAUUUAAAUUUUUCACAUGACCCUAAACGUUUUAUGGUCUUUGAGAUUUUUUAAAAAACUUUUUAAUAAAAAGUUUUAAAAAAACUGCUCAUUCUAUUCUUUAGAAAUUGUCAGUGAUAUUAGAAAUAUAAAAAUAAUUUCUGUAAAGUCUCAUUGAACAAAAAAGUAUAAAAAAACCCUACCUAUUUACUACCUAUUUUAGGCAUGUUACUGGACACAAAGAAUUAUUUAGGCUUUAGGAAUGCACAGGUGAAACAAAAACUCUUUGAGGCCCGAGAGGAAUUCCUUUCUUCAAAAUAUAACACCUUUUUGGACAAAACGUGAUUAUAAAGUAUUAUAUAACGAUACAAACUUUCGGGAACUAAUUAGAAGGCUCGUCAAAACAACGCUGUGUAUAACGAUUCCUGUGUACAAGUUUACAAAUUAUAUUAAGACGUUUUUGCAAGAACACGCAGUCUUUUAACCCAUUCAUCAAAGAAGUUCCUCGCGGGCUUCAUAAAGUUCAGUGUUUUUUUACUAAACUCUAAAUAUGCAAGUUGAUAUCGACACGAUAUCAUUCGUAAUUAUAUUAGCCUUCCGUCCGUAAGUUUCCGGUGGUUUCCGUACAGUCGGAAUCGGCUAUUUCCGUGGUUUGGGCCGGGCCGGGCUGGGCCGGGUUUAUUAAUAACCAAAAAUUUCUGACCUACCUACCCUAAUUUUUUUGAGCAUGUUACCGGAAACAAAGAAUUUUUUUAGGCCUUAUGGAUAACUAUAGUGUAGCCUUUUGCCAAUUAAGAUGAUGUAAAAUAGAGUGGAAAAUCUUACAGCAAAAUAGUUGGUACUGUUUAUCACAAGCAACCCUGAUCUGCCUUACAAAUUUUCUGUGGGACCUGUUUCAGUGACCCCUACCUUAUUUCUAAACUAGUCAAAGUAGCCAGUAAUUGGCCUUUUGUCAAUGUUAACUUUCACAAACUGAACAACAAACCAAGUAAAAACAAUGUUGGGCCUAGCUUGUUCAUAAUAAAGUACAGAGCAGAAUGGUUAUACUGGUUAUGCAGCAUAAAAAUUCUAUAAAUUAUAAGGGGGUGGGGUUUGAAGACUGGGCAUUAUAUGCACAUUUGUUGGUAAUAUUCAAACAUACUUUGUUGUAUAAUUCAACAAGAUGCUGUUUAUCUCAUUUGAUAAAAUAUGGAAACACUGGCCACCUCAUGUCAACAGUAUCAGAAGCGAUAGUUAGUUGUCAUUUUUCAGAUUGGCUAAAUUUCUGGUUAAAAGAUAUAUAAGCCAAUCAUGGAUUUCAAAGCUGCAUAUUUCUUAAAAGUAAUUGUUGGACUGUUCUAUCUGCAUAAAAACCAGACAGAAAACAAGAUGACAUUUGCAUCAAAACAGAAAAUAAAUCAAAAUGUUACUUAUAACUAAAGAGCUAGAUCAGAAUUUGAGGGCAGAAAAAAGUUAUAAGAAAAAUGUCUCAUAAUUGGGGUUACCAUAGAAAUAACAAUGCCACCAAACUGUCUUUGUCAGCACAACAUUUUCUUUGUGCGUAUCGAAAGCUGAAAUGUUACUGUUAACAAUCCUACUAUAAUUAGUUGCCUAAAAUAUUGCACUUGGAAAUGGCAGCAGAUUUUCAGAAGGUCACUGAAACAGGUCAGUCACUGAAACAGGUCCUCCUACAAUAAAAUAAAGAGAAAAGUAGGGGUCAUGUAUCUUCUUAGCUAAACAAUUUCAGCCUCAGAGAUGUUUAUAUGCUGUUGUGUAUCUCUGAACUGAAAUGAAUCCCAUAUUGAAACCUAACCAGAAGUCUGCUCCACUGUAAUUUCAUCAAAUGAAAUGCAAUGGAUUUGCAUUUUACUUUAAAAUAUUCUAAUCCAUUUUUCUUUUGAUCUGACAUAAAGUAAUCCAUGCAACAUAAUCUGAACAAAAGUUAUACUCUCAUGUACAUAGGUACUGAUGUCUGCAAUAUUUUGUCCGCCAUUGUAGUUGUCACCUGAUCAGGGUACUCUUCAUUUUUUUUUAAAAACAAAUAGACUAAUGUAUGUUUUUCAUGAAAUUUGUUGAAAAUGGUUACAUUACUUAAAUUUAUUGACAGUUUAAACAAUGUCCAUCCCAAUAUAAAAUUCACCCACAGUUAUUCAAGAGAUACAGCUACAUUUCUUGAUGUUAAUAUUGGUAGAACAGGAGAUGGUAAUUUUGAUUUUUCUGUUCAUGAAAAACCAACCAAUACACAUCAAUACAUUGAAUUUUCAUCCUGUCACCCUCUUUCAUGCAAGAAAGGGAUCCCGUAUAGCCAAGCUAAGCGAUACAGGCGUCUCACUUCUAAUGAUGAUUUGUUCACAAAUGAAUUGGAGAAAUUGCGAACGUAUUUCCAAAAUCGUAAUUAUCCAAGUCAUAUCCUUGAUGAUGCUUUAGCUAAAGCAUCAGCAUUGUCAACCGAAGAAGCCAUGACCAAUCACAGGCAGAACACAGAUGAUAUUAUCCCCUUUGUUUGCAUAUACAACCCAUCCCUACCAAACAUUGGUCAGAUCCUUAAUAAAUAUUGGGGGCUUUUUGAACUAUCUGAGAAAAGCAGUGUACGCAUCCUGGUUAAAUGCAAACCAAUUAUUGCUUACAAGCGACCUACAAAUCUUAGUGAUAUCUUGGUUCACAGUAGCCUGAUGUCUUCGGAUGUAAAUGGUGGUGUUCUUAAAUGUAAUAGAACACGGUGUUCUCAUUGCGCUAAUAUCACUGAAUCUGUACAGUUUACAAGCUCUCAAACUUUAAAAACUUACGAUGUUAAAGAAAAUCUUAACUGCAUGUCUGAAAAUGUUAUCUAUUUAAUCACAUGCAAAAAGUGUAAGUUACAAUAUGUGGGACAAACACAUCAGAAAUGUUCUCAAAGAAUGAACAGCCAUAAAUUUGAUAUCAGACAUUUUCCUGAUACUCCUACAAAUGUAUCUGAACAUUUCAAUUCUGAAAAUCACUCUGUUAGUGAUUUUUCUUUCAUGCCAAUCGACUUGGUAAAAAAUGACUGGUUUAGGCUCUUGAAAGAGACUCGUUGGAUUCAUACAUUGAAUACAGCCUGGCCUCAUGGCAUGAAUGCUAAAAUAUUAUUUUAGUCUUUCAUUUUUUCACACAGAUUCUUCCUAUUGUAUUUUUGCAUGUAAGUUAGUUUUCCUUGCCUGUAUUAAUAUUAUUUUUGCUUUGCAAUUUUUGCAGGGAAUAAGUAUCUAUUUUUGAUCCUAUACUAUAUGUAAAUAUUACGCCAAAAUGGGUAACGUCUUUUGACGUCGUCAUUGACGUCGUACUUUCCUGUGACGUCAUACUAUUUUGUUAUUAUACUCUGAUGAAGUCCAAUGGACGAAACAUGUUAGUUUUGAAGUAAAAAGUAUAUUUCUGGAGUCACUUGUUAAAGGUAUAGGAAUGUUUGCAUUAGCUAUCUACAUUGCACGUGAAUUAGAAGCUGCAGAAGCAGAGGCAGUUGCAGAAACAGCAGCACAACUCUCACAACCACGCUGAUAGAAUUUAACUUAACUGAUUUUAUUGAAUGAUUGGUGAUUGUGUGAGAAGGGGUGGCUGUGUGUGUUCAUGGAUUUUUAUUUACAAUAUAUGAAUUGUCCAUACCUUGUAUCAAUUUAUUUGUAAAAUUUCAUCUGUAAUAAAAUUUUGGAUUA